AUGGCUGGCGGCAAGGGCAAGUCUUCGGGCGGCAAGAGCUCCGGCGGCAAGACUUCGGGCACCGACGGGCCUAAGAAGCAGCAGAGCCAUUCUGCUCGUGCCGGUCUGCAGUUCCCCUGCGGCCGCGUUAAGCGCUUCCUGAAGCAAAAUACACAGAACAAGAUGCGCGUCGGUGCGAAGGCGGCCGUUUAUGUCACCGCGGUGUUGGAGUAUCUUACCGCAGAGGUCCUUGAACUCGCUGGCAAUGCUGCCAAGGACCUCAAGGUGAAGCGCAUCACGCCCCGCCACCUCCAGCUUGCCAUUCGUGGUGACGAAGAGCUCGACACAUUGAUUCGUGCCACAAUCGCCUUUGGUGGUGUGCUUCCUCAUAUCAACCGUGCUCUUCUACUCAAGGUUGAGCAGAAGAAGAAAGCCAAGGCUGCUGAGUCUUAA